AUGAUGUCCCAGCCUGAAAUCACUGGUAUGGAUGUAGCUGUCAGUCAGAGUUUUACAGCUGCACAAAACAUCUCUCAGCUGGCCAAGGACAUUAUCACCUGCAUUCAAAAUGGUAAAAGUGUUACAGCUGAAAGGAAAAGUAGCAUUAUUAAUAUGGCCAAUGAAAUAAUGCAAUUAUCAACCCGUAUUGAAGCUAGUUCUGGAAGUACUGACAGUGGACAAAUUCAGAGUAUUAUUAAGGGGUGCAUUAAAGAAGAGAUAGCGAUAUUAAAAACAGAACUAAAACAGCCCUCUUAUGCCCAUAUUGUAAAAUCAACUCCUGCUAUCCAGAAAGCUCCCGAGCAGCGACGCACCAAACACGCCCUCAUUGUAACUGCCAAAACAGAAAACAAGAAGGAAACCGUGGAGGCCUGGCGCAAAAGUUUUUCUUUUAAAAACACCACAUUUGCUCCAUCCAAAGUAACACCCUUGUCUAACACUAAGUUGUGUGUUGAAUUCGAUACUGCUGAACAAAGAGAUUAUGUAAUUAAAAAUAUAAAUGAAAACGAAAGCAAAGUGACUGUUCAAGCUGCUAAAAAAUUGCGACCGAUGAUUCAACUGAAAGGAAUUUCAAAAGACGUCCCAGUUGACGAACUGGUGGAUAUUUUCAAGCGACAGAACCCUUCAAUUAAUGAUUUAGCUCAAACCGAUACUGACAUUGUCCUACGAUUUCAACGUAAAAACAAAAAUAAUGACUUAUAUAAUGCUGUACUUAUUGUAACACCCCCAAUUUGGAAAAAUGUAAUCAAAAUGGAACGCGUCAAUAUUGAUCACCAAAAAAUAUAUGUUGAACAGUUCUCAGCUCAUCUUCAAUGUUUUAAAUGCUUACAGUUCGGUCAUAUUAAGAAAUUUUGUACAUCAGAUACGCAACCGUGUUCCCACUGCGCAUCUCAGACACACACUUUCGUCAACUGCCCAAAUAAAAAUAAUGAAGCUCAGCUGUGUUGCAUUAACUGUAAUACUUACAAUCAAAAACACAAAACCACUAGAGACACAAAACAUUCCGCUACAUCAAAUACUUGCCCCACCGUCCGUACUAUGAUUGCACGUGCUAUUGAAAAAACCGAUUAUGGAUAUUAA